GUGUUUAUCUCCCCACCUCGCAAGCUCCUCCCACAGUUUCAUUCUCCUCCUUCCUCUUCGUGCUCCCUGCUCCAGGACAAUGGUGAGGCUCGGGCCACUGGACGCCACGGCGGUCGACGACCUGGUGGGGAGCCCCGCCUUGCUGCUGGCCUUGGCGGUCGUGGCCACGGUGGCGGUGGCCACAGUGGCCGCCUUCGGCUGCGCCGACGGGAUGAAGAAGCAGUGCAGGCAACAGAACAACGGCGUCUACUACUACGGCCAGGGCCAGCCGCCGCCGCCUCCCGCCGGCGCGUACGGCUACCCGGCGCAGCAGCCGCCCCAGGGCUACGGCUACCCGCCGCCCCCGGGCUACGCGUACCCUCCGCAGCAGCAGCAGAAGCAGAGGCGCGGCGGCGAGUGCGGCGGCGAGUGCGGCGGCGGGUGCAGCGGUGGCUGCGGCAGUGCAUGUACAAUGGUUUAG